AUCCAAUAGAAAAGUUUCAUACUGCCACGUCAUUACCAAUCAUCUAAAAAUCAAAGUGAUAUCAAUCGUAUCACUCCUAAACCCUAAAGACGCCGACCAUCACUAGACUCUUCCAUUCCCUUAUCGUUUCAUGUCUCUGUAAAUCGACAUGGCAGCUCGUAAGCGACUUUCACCAACCUCAAUCUCCACUAAACCCGACCCAACGGAUCAGAAGACAACCCAUAACACCUCCGACAACGCAUUCCAUCUACCCCUCUGAAACUGGGAUCAAUCUUCGUGAUCUCCACUCUCCUCUGCUCGCUCCACCUCUACCUCCUCUGUUUCCACUACAAGGUUGAAACCCAGCUGAAACGCUCCAUCCUCAUCAACGUCGCGCUUAGCUUGGUGGGUUUCUUCGUCACGCUCAAGAUGAUCCACGUCGCCGCCAGAUACGUUCUGAGGCGUAACACGUUCGGUUUCGAUAUCAACAAGAGUGGCACGCCCCAGGUCGAGGUUAAAGUGCUUGAGUCGUUGGGUAUUGUUGCAUCACAAUCACAACUUCUUCACCUAAGAAUCUAUUUCUACUGUUCCUUUCAAUAUGUAAUUCAAUCGUCUUUUUUUUUUAUUACAGGCCAGAUUCUGUGCUGCGACAGUUUGUUUAGGUCCUUACAAAUUUUUUUUUUUGCAUUGUUGUUGGCUGUUAUAGUAAUCUUGACCCAUCAGAUGGUUACGAUGCACAGCUUGAUUAAGCUAAAAAGCCAAGAGCAGACACUAGCUUUGCCGGAACCAGCAUUGAUCAAGCAGGAAAAAGCAUGCUAUAUUGACGACGAUUGUGAUUAUAGAGAGAGACAGAGAAUUUCGAGCUUGGCAUUCAGCAGUAAGGGAAUCUUCCAGUGCAUAUUAUACAGGAUGCGCUAAUCCAGUGUUGCAAAUCAAUACAUGAGAGAGAGGUAGUUGAGGAAAACAAAAGGAGCAAUGAAACAGCGGUAAACUGCUUGAUAUAGCAAUUCUCGAGCUGUGAAGAAAGCGAUAAGUGCAUCACAAUCACAGCUUCUUCACC